GCCUUGGAUAGUUCUAGUACCAAUAAUAAAUUAAAUCAUAAAUACAAUAACGACAAAGCUAAGGAUAGGGAUAGAAAUAAAGAAACUAGCAAAGAUUUGUCACCCAAAUCGCCCGAUGAAUCAUGCCCGACCAAAAGCAACCCAAAGACCAACCAGCAAGGCGACCCAAGCAGCUCCAGAAGUGGCGCACGAAGCGCCACCUCAUCCUCGCAGCGUCGCCGACAAAUGCAAUUCCAGCGGCAAAAGGACCAAAAAGUUUAUGACCGUGAGCGUAGCGCUGAGCCCAGACCCACCGCCACGCCCACACCACCGGCGCCACCACCACCCAUAGCAACAACAGUGACUUCAACAAGUCCCACUGUUAUGGGCGGUGGUGAGCUCGUCAAUUGCAUAGCCUACGAUGAUAACACGCUGGUGAUUGAACGCAAACCAUCGCCCACUUCGCCAGCCACAUCGCGACGCUACUUGAAGGCAGAGACGCCAACUCGUGGCAGUCGAAAAUAUAAUCGCAAGGCGGGUACUACCAAGAGCGACCUUGAGGUCGUCAUAGUUAAGCCAGAACAUCAUCAUCAACAUCGCUCGCCGACGAUAACGCUGCCCGUGCCGGUGGCGGUCAACUCAAGCUCUAGCUCUCCGACAAGUGCAACAGGUGUCACGGUGCUACAACAAAGUUGUAGUCCACUUGAGGCAAUUGCCAGCAGCGAAGAGUCCACAGCGAGCAGCUCGAACAGAAAGCGGGUCAACAACACUGAGCUCGCCUUAAGCGCCGUUACCAGCCAAAUUGUAAAUAAUACAACCUACAAGCUCGACUUUAAGCAACGUAGACACAAAAACAACAAUAACAACGGCAGUGAAGCGGGCAGCAAUAACGGCAGCAAACGCCAAAGGCGCAAGUCAAGCUGCACAUCCUGUGGCGCGGCGGACCAGGAGUACAGGCAACGUCGCUCAGCGCCACGCCCGAGGAGUUCGGAAGCCUCGUGGCAGCAACAGCCACAAAAUAGCGUCACUAGCGCUGGCAGCACCAACAGCAGCUACAGCAGCGGAGCCAGGGACGACGACAGCAGCUAUAGUGCUGUGGGCGGCGACAGCAGCAGCAGCAAUAGUUGCAACUGCGACAUCACUGGCGACAACAGCACACUGCAUGGCUUUGGCGUGGGCGACGUCAGCAGUUUUAUAGGCGACGACGACUGUGAGCCAGGGGACGACGACGAUAAUCCGGACGCAACUGAUAUUAGCUCACAAACGCUGCGCACAGCAGCAAUUGUUGCAGCCGUAUCAGCAGCGGCCAAGGAACAAGCAGCGGCAGCGGUUGCCGCCAACACCGACUGUGAAAGCUUCAGCGAGCGACGGCAGGACGCGAAUGAUUAUGCCGAUGAUGAGAUUAGAAUUAUUGCAGGCGCAGCGCGAUUUGGCAAUGACUCGCUCGAGGAUGUAGGCGAUGUGGAUGAUAAUGCGGAUGUAAUUGUAAGAAAAAAUACGCGCAAUAAUCGGCCUUCGAUCAGAGGGACAUGUAGAAUCACCGAGGAGGACGACGAUAACGACGAGGAUCUCUACGAAGACGAGCAGGACUACGAGCCAGAAGCUGAAGCCGAAGAAGGCGACGACGAGACAGCUGACGAGUAUUACGAGGAGGAGGAGGACGAUACUCAAGCUUUUUCGCCCUUCUACACCAGCUCAGCGGAGCUGAUAGAUAAUUUUGGUGGCGGCGCCGGCAAAUACUUUAACCUAAUGGACUUUGAACGAGGUGCCGCUGGCGGCGGCCCUUUCACGCCAAAUGGCAACGGAGGUGCUGCUGGCGGCGGCGACAUGUCGCAAUCCUAUAAUCCCCAAACUGAUAUGGGCGGCGGCAGCAACAUUAUGGGCAUCGAUGCCAUGGGCAUAGCAAACAUUCCGGAAACAAUGAACGGCACUACAAUCGGACCGAGCGGCGCCGGUGGACAGAAGCCAGGUGCUGCCGGACAGAAGCGGCCGCAACGUCGCGGCAAACCGCAACCAGAUCGACCACAACGCGCUCUGUUUUGCCUGGGCGUUAAAAAUCCUAUACGAGCGCUUUGCAUACGCAUCGUAGAGUGGAAACCAUUUGAGUUCCUCAUUUUGUUAACCAUAUUUGCCAAUUGUAUUGCUUUGGCCGUGUAUACGCCUUAUCCGGGCAGCGAUUCAAAUGUAACGAAUCAAACCUUGGAAAAAGUUGAAUAUAUAUUCCUAGUUAUAUUCACAGCGGAAUGUGUUAUGAAAAUAUUAGCAUAUGGUCUUGUGUUACAUAAUGGUGCAUAUCUAAGAAAUGGAUGGAAUUUAUUAGAUUUUACAAUUGUAGUUAUAGGAGCGAUCAGUACAGCACUCUCAUAUUUGAAGAACGAUGCCUUUGAUGUCAAGGCACUCCGUGCCUUUCGUGUACUGCGUCCAUUGAGACUUGUAUCGGGUGUACCAAGUCUGCAGGUUGUGCUUAAUUCUAUUUUAAAGGCUAUGGUGCCACUGUUUCAUAUUGCACUCCUGGUCAUAUUUGUAAUCAUAAUCUAUGCCAUCAUUGGUCUAGAGUUAUUCUCUGGUAAAUUGCAUAAGACGUGUCGAGAUGAGGUAACAGGUGAAUAUCCUGACAAUGUUAGAGCCUGUGGAGCAGGUUAUGAGUGUCCACCUGGCACUAAAUGUUACGGCAACUGGCCUGGACCCAACUGGGGUAUUACCAACUUUGAUAACUUCGGACUGGCCAUGUUAACGGUAUUUCAAUGCAUUACUCUUGAGGGCUGGACAGAUGUUUUAUAUUCUAUACAAGAUGCCAUGGGCAGUGACUGGCAAUGGAUGUACUUUAUAUCCAUGGUUAUAUUGGGCGCGUUUUUCGUUAUGAAUCUAAUUCUUGGUGUGUUGUCUGGUGAGUUCUCCAAAGAACGUAACAAAGCCAAAAAUCGCGGCGACUUUCAAAAGCUGCGCGAGAAGCAGCAAAUAGAGGAAGAUCUGCGUGGUUAUCUCGACUGGAUUACCCAGGCUGAGGACAUUGAGCCGGAUGCUACGGGUAAUCUGAUGUCAGACAGCAAGGGUAAUAAGCAAAACGAAAUGGACUCCACCGAGCAUAUGGGUGAAGAUAUGCCCGAAAUGCAACUCACCGAAUCACGUUGGCGAAAGAUGAAAAAGGACUUUGAUCGUGUCAAUCGACGCAUGCGUCGUGCUUGCCGUAAGGCAGUCAAAUCUCAGGCUUUCUAUUGGCUCAUCAUUGUGUUGGUGUUUCUCAACACUGGUGUGUUGGCCACAGAGCACUAUGGCCAGGUGGCUUGGCUAGAUGAGUUUCAAGACUAUACGAAUAUGGUCUUCAUAGGCCUGUUCACCUGCGAAAUGUUGCUGAAAAUGUAUAGCUUAGGCUUUCAAGGUUACUUUGUGUCACUUUUCAAUCGCUUUGACUGCUUUGUGGUCAUCGGCAGCAUUUCAGAGACAUUACUCACCGAGACGGGCAUGAUGCCGCCACUGGGCGUCUCCGUGCUGCGUUGCGUGCGUCUGCUGCGCGUCUUCAAAGUCACCAAAUACUGGCGCUCUUUAUCGAAUCUCGUGGCUUCCCUAUUGAACUCAAUACAAUCAAUCGCAUCACUAUUGUUAUUGCUCUUCCUAUUUAUUGUGAUAUUUGCUUUGCUGGGAAUGCAAGUGUUUGGUGGUAAAUUUAAUUUUAACGAGGAUGAAAAGUAUCGCAUGAAUUUCGAUUGCUUUUGGCAAGCUUUGCUGACAGUGUUCCAGAUCAUGACCGGCGAGGAUUGGAACGCUGUUAUGUAUGUGGGCAUUAAUGCCUAUGGCGGUGUCUCUUCCUAUGGCGCCUUGGCCUGCGUCUACUUUAUCAUAUUGUUCAUAUGCGGUAACUAUAUACUGUUAAAUGUGUUCUUGGCCAUUGCUGUGGACAACUUGGCCGAUGCCGAUUCACUGUCAGAGGUGGAAAAAGAAGAGGAACCAGUCGACGAUGGUGGCAUGAAAAGAUCUCACAGUCCCACACCCACCAUAGAUGGCUUGGACGAUGAACACUUAAGCAUUGAUAUGGACAUGGGCGAGAAUGAAAUGGACGACGAUAAGUUGGACCACGAAACUAUGUCUGAUGAAGAAGGACGCGAGAUGUGCGAAGAAGAAGAAGAGGUGGAUGAAGAGGGCAUGAUAACAGCACGUCCACGCCGUAUGUCUGAGGUUAAUACGGCAACGAAAAUUCUACCCAUACCAGCGGGCACAUCAUUCUUUCUUUUCUCACAAAAGAACAGGUUUCGCGUGUUUUGCCAUUGGCUCUGCAAUCAUGGAAAUUUCGGCAACAUUAUUCUUUGCUGCAUUAUGUUCUCAUCGGCUAUGUUGGCAGCAGAGAAUCCAUUAAAUCCCAAUGCUGAAAGAAAUCUUGUACUGCUGAAGUUUGAUUAUUUUUUCACGGCCGUUUUCACAAUAGAACUGAUUCUGAAAUUGAUUUCCUAUGGCUUCGUUUUACACGACGGAGCCUUUUGCAGAUCCGCAUUUAAUCUUUUAGAUUUACUUGUGGUAUUCGUUUCAUUGAUAUCUAUAGUAUCCAGUUCGAAUGCGAUUUCAGUCGUGAAAAUUCUGCGUGUUCUUCGAGUUCUUAGACCACUGCGUGCCAUUAAUCGAGCCAAGGGUCUCAAGCAUGUUGUUCAAUGUGUCAUAGUCGCUAUUAAGACUAUCGGAAAUAUUGUGCUCGUCACAUGCCUACUGCAAUUCAUGUUUGCCGUUAUAGGAGUCCAAUUGUUUAAGUACGUGGUCAAGUGCGUUGUAGUCGCAAUUAAAACCAUUGGUAAUAUCAUGUUGGUUACAUAUUUAUUGCAAUUCAUGUUUGCCGUUAUUGGAGUGCAACUCUUUAAGGGUAAAUUUUUCUCAUGCUCGGAUGGUUCCAAAAUGAUCAAAGACGACUGCUACGGCAACUAUCUGGUCUAUGAGGAUGGUGAUAUCAAUAAGCCGCGUCUCAAGGAGCGUGAGUGGAGCAAUAAUAAAUUCCAUUUCGAUGAUGUGGCCAAGGGUAUGUUAACGCUGUUUACUGUUUCCACCUUUGAGGGCUGGCCUGCCCUGCUCUAUGUCUCCAUUGAUUCGAAUAAGGAAAACGGUGGUCCAAUACACAAUUUCCGUCCUAUUGUCGCUGCCUACUACAUUAUCUAUAUUAUCAUCAUUGCCUUCUUCAUGGUGAACAUCUUCGUCGGUUUCGUUAUUGUCACCUUUCAAAAUGAGGGUGAGCAGGAGUACAAGAAUUGCGAUCUGGACAAGAACCAGCGCAAUUGCAUAGAGUUUGCCUUAAAGGCGAAGCCAGUGCGGCGUUAUAUACCCAAGCAUGGCAUACAGUAUAAAGUCUGGUGGUUUGUCACUUCAUCUUCGUUUGAAUAUACGAUAUUUAUAUUGAUUAUGAUAAACACGGUAACGCUGGCUAUGAAAUUCUAUCAGCAACCACUUUGGUAUACAAAUCUCCUGGAUGCUUUAAAUAUGAUAUUUACGGCAGUUUUUGCGCUGGAGUUUGUCUUUAAGCUGGCCGCAUUUCGAUUUAAGAACUACUUUGGCGACGCUUGGAACGUUUUCGAUUUCAUUAUUGUGCUGGGCAGCUUUAUAGAUAUUGUAUAUUCAGAAAUUAAAAGCAAGGACAAUACGCCAAAAGUCUGCGACAUAAGCGAGGAUUGUAAAGUGCCAGCAAAAGCCGCUGGCUCCAAUUUAAUUUCCAUUAACUUCUUUCGACUGUUUCGCGUCAUGCGUCUCGUCAAGCUGCUGAGCAAAGGGGAAGGCAUACGCACCUUGCUCUGGACCUUUAUCAAAUCUUUUCAGGCACUGCCGUAUGUAGCACUGCUCAUAGUGCUGCUCUUCUUCAUCUAUGCCGUUGUAGGCAUGCAGAUGUUUGGCAAGAUAGCUUUAGAUGAUGAAACUGCCAUAACGCCCAACAACAAUUUCCAGACGUUCCAACAGGCAGUGCUGGUGCUUUUCCGUUCGGCCACGGGUGAGGCUUGGCAGGAAAUUAUGAUGUCCUGCACGGCUCAGCCGGAAGUGCGCUGUGAUCAAAAAUCUGAUACGCCUGGCAUGCAGUGCGGCUCAUCCAUAGCCUAUCCCUACUUCAUUUCCUUCUAUGUGCUGUGCUCCUUCUUGAUCAUUAACUUGUUCGUCGCUGUUAUUAUGGACAACUUUGAUUAUCUAACACGCGAUUGGUCUAUACUGGGUCCACAUCAUCUAGACGAGUUUAUACGUCUGUGGAGCGAGUAUGAUCCGGAUGCCAAGGGGCGCAUCAAGCAUCUGGACGUGGUCACUUUGCUGCGUAAAAUAUCGCCACCGCUGGGAUUUGGCAAGCUCUGUCCGCAUCGCAUGGCCUGCAAGCGUCUGGUGUCCAUGAACAUGCCGCUCAACUCCGACGGGACAGUGCUCUUCAAUGCCACGCUCUUUGCUGUGGUGCGCACCUCGCUGAGCAUCAAGACUGAGGGCAAUAUAGACGACUGCAACGCCGAGCUGCGGGCUACAAUUAAACAGAUUUGGAAACGCACAAAUCCCAAGCUGCUCGAUCAAGUGGUGCCGCCGCCUGGCAAUGAUGAUGAAGUUACUGUGGGCAAAUUCUAUGCCACGUAUUUAAUACAAGACUACUUCCGACGCUUCAAGAAGCGCAAGGAGCAGGAAGGCAAGGAGGGACAUCCCGAUAGCAAUACGGUGACACUUCAAGCGGGCCUGCGUACACUACACGAGGUGUCGCCAGCGCUUAAGCGUGCCAUAUCGGGUAAUCUCGAUGAGCUAGCAGAGGAGCCAGAGCCCAUGCAUCGUCGCCAUCAUACGCUCUUUGGCAGCGUUUGGAGCUCGAUACGACGUCAUGGCAAUGGCACGUUCCGUCGCAGCGCCAAAGCUUCGCAUAGUAAUGGCGCCCUGACGCUGGGUGGCUCCUCCUUGGCUGCUGCUGGCGUCGGCGUAGGUGGCAGUAGUUUGGUGCUGGGCUCUGAUGCCACCGGCGGUGAUUAUCUCUACGACAGUUUGAAUCGCAGCGUCGCCGAUGGCGUCAAUCAUAUUACGCGCAACAUUAUGCAGGCGCGUCUGGCCGCCAGUGGCAAGCUGCAGGAUGAGUUUCAGGCUGGCAGCGGCGGUGAGCUGCGCACAUUUGGCGAAAGCAUCUCGAUGCGACCGCUGGCCAAAAACGGCGGCGCAGCGGCUACAGUAGCGGGCACGCUGCCGCCGGAGGCCAAUGCAAUAUCUUAUGACAAAACCGACAAUCGUGGUAUUUUAUUGCAUCCAUAUAACAAUGCCUACGCACCCAAUGGUGCUAUUCCUGGCCACGAACUCAUCCAAUCGACACCAGCUAGUCCUUACGAUCAGCGUCGUUUACCAACUUCAUCUGAUAUGAACGGCCUAGCCGAAUCAUUGAUUGGAGGGGUACUCGCCGCUGAGGGUCUUGGGAAGUAUUGUGAUUCCGAAUUUGUGGGCACGGCUGCUCGUGAGAUGCGUGAGGCGCUUGAUAUGACGCCCGAGGAGAUGAAUUUAGCUGCACAUCAAAUUUUAUCGAAUGAGCAUUCGUUGAGUAUCAUUGGCAGCAGCAAUGGCAGCAUCUUUGGUGGGGGUGGUGCUGCUGCCUUGGGCGGUAGUAGCAGCAUUUCUGGCGCUUUUGGUGGCAGCGCCAGUGGACCAGCUUCUUUCUCGCCGCAGCAUCAUAACUCAGGCACAUUGCAAUCACCACCGAUACCAGAUAAUCGUCUUAGACGAGUUGCCACCAUAACGACCACUAACAACAAUAAGUCUCAAUUUGGCCAAAAUAAUACAAAUAAUAGUAGAGCAAUGCCCACGACAAGCCAAAGAACCAUGCCACCCACACAACAACAACAACAACAACAACAAUCACCACAGCGUAGUGGGCCGGGCAAUCCGGCCGCUUCAUAGCAUAUUAAUUGUAGUCCAUACUAUUUGCAAAAUGUCUUCUUGAUGGAAUUUUAAACAACAUUUUUUUAUAAUUUUUAGCAGCAAAACAAAUAACCAAUUUAAGAAAAUUUGUAAAACUUGUAAAAAGCAGUGUAUGUACUUAAUAAUGAUGGUUUGCCUUUUUGAUAACAUCAAUGAUGGUUUAUCGUCCUUUAUGAACCAAACAAUUGAAUAAAUUUAGAAGAAGAAAUUUCUAAAACACACCAAAUAUUGUAAAUGAACAAAUAUACAUACAUACAUAUAUAUAUUUUUUAACAAAUCAAAAGAUAAAAGAGAAAUUAUUCGAUUAGUUAUUAUAAUCACAACACAGCCUAAUAAUAAUUACUAUGUUAAUUACAAUUAAUAAUACUUUCAACAAUUGUACGCGUAGUUAAAUAUUUACAUACGCACUAUAUGCAUAAAUUUAGACGCAUUUUAUUUUCUAAGAAUUUAAUAAUUGCGUAUAUAAAGGCAUACAGAAGGAAUUGUAAAAUAAAUACCAAAACAUAUAUAAAAAGUAAACUAAUUAAUUUAAUAGAAAA